AACAGUGUGUGUAUGAUGGUGGUUGUGACAGGGGUAUGUAGGGGAGCUUUAUGUGUGUAUUGGGGUGACACGUGAUCUUGAAACAGGGUUUUGCUGCCUCAUUCCUGCCCUGAGCUUUAGACUCCACUGGACCCAAGACAGACAGCACCUCUGGAACGAUAAACAGAAGUCAGAAUGAAGUUGCUGGUUCAGCUAAGUAUACUCUUCGUUUGUCUCAUCGCCUGUAAGCUUGCAGAUGCCAGAUCAUUCACUCCUGAAGGAGUUCCCUACGAUGAACCACCAGCAGUUCCCUACUGGCCCUACUCUACCUCAGACUUCUGGCAGUAUGUCGAGUACUUCCGGUCUAUUGGAGCCUACACCCACAUCAAUGAGAUGGCCAGGGCCUUCUAUGCUCAUCAACACCUGGGAAACACACUGGGAUAUGAGACCAACGAGGGACACGAACACUGAGGAGAGAGCAGAGAUGGAGAGAAAUGGGGGAAAGGAGGAAUGAGAUAAAGGAGGAGAAAAAGGGAGAGUGUCAGGAAGGGAGGAAAUAGGGGGAGAGGGACGAAAUGGGAGAGAGGGAGGGAAGGCCUCAUAAGGACAUGCAAUAUUGUACAGUGAAAUGGAUUGACAAAUAAGAAGUUAUAGAAUAAAAAACGUUAUGAAAUAUA